AUGUCGCCGUGGCAAAGACUGUGCCGGGUGUUCGUGUGGUGGUUGAUGGCACGUUUGCGCCUCCCCCCCCUUCAGCGACCACUGCUGCUGGGCGCUGAUGCGGUGAUGCACGCGACCACCAAGGCGCUGGCUGGGCACUCGGACGCCCUGGGCGGCGCCCUGUGCGUGCGCUGCGCUGCGGAGGCGCAGCAGCUGCGGCAGGAUCGCAUGGCCCUGGGCUCGACACCUGGGAGUUUGGAGGUCUGGCUCUUGAUGCGCUCCCUUCGGACGCUUCAUCUCCGCGUGGAGCGGCAGUCCGAGACCGCUACACGACUGGCGCAGUGGUUGCAGCGCGCCACUGACGAUUCUUCGCAUGUCUUAUCCGGCUGCAUCCAUGCCGUGCACCACCCGUCGCUGACGCUCGAACCGCUGGCGACGCAGAUGCGCGGGGGUGGCGGGUGCCUGGCGCUGGAGCUCAGCAGCGAAGAAGCGGCCAAGGCGCUGCCGGAAGAGCUGCGGCUCUUCCGGGCUGCGACGUCCUUGGGAGGCGUGGAGAGUUUGAUCGAGUGGCGGCGGAAGUGGGACAGUACCAUCUCACCUUUGCUUUUGCGCAUUUCCAUUGGGUUGGAGGACUUUGAGCACCUCCGGGCCGACUUGGAGCGAGGAAUUCUGAGGGUGAGUGGGAAGGAGUAA